AAAGUUGUCAGUUCUGAGCCCAGACCUCUCAGAAUCUGCUUCCUGCACUAGAUUUGAUUUGUACUACAAAGUUGCCAGACCUCCCAGAUGGUACUUGGACUGCGUUUUUUUGUUCUUGGUUUGGUGUUGUCCCUUCCCACAGUGUUUUCCCUUCCUGCUUGCAUAGUUUAAGGCGUGGAGUGCCUGUUGCCUUCCAACAUGUUGCCACAUGUUCUUGGUGUUUUCGGUGUCCGCGUGGGUGCUUGUUGUUUGGCGUUUCGGUUGCCAGUGUCAUCAUGCCAUCAUGCCCCGCUGUGCGAAUCAGGCCUGGUGUUUGGGUAUUUUUCCUUGACAUCAAUAGCACCCAUGGAAAAGUAUCCAACGGCCACGUGGAUGUGUCCAGGAACCGGGAAAAUCCACCUCGACCCGAUCCCGAAGACCAAGAGCUUGUGUGACCCGUGUGACCCAAAAGGCUUCAAUAAAAACAUGUUUUUCAACAAAAACCACGCCAAGGCGGUUGAAGCACGGCGGUUGAUUGGGCGGGGAAGCUUUUUAUUGUUUUCUUGUGAAGAACGCACGCACAGCAAGACAUUGACAUUGCGACUUGAGGGUUGUCCCGUGGGGUUGCUUGGCAGGCAGUGGCGGCAGUUUCGGAAAAAGGGGCUUUUGGUUCCUACAUGGAUGGUUUUCGCUUCCAGCGUACAGGUGUUUUACGCUCCUGUAUUGGUGUUUUGUGUUCCCUGCGACGUUUUCCGUUUCUAUGUGUCGGUGUGUUCCCUUCCUGCAACAGUAGUUUCACUUCCUGAAUACAGGUGUUGGGUUCCUGGAAUGGUGCUUCGGGUUCCUGCCGGUGUUUUGUGUUCCGGCUUUUGCUUUAUGUUCCCGGAGGGGAGCGUGGGAUCCAGCAAGGAAAUGCUAAGCAGGCAUGCGCAGCGGGAGCCUUGGACCGAACAAGGGGUAACCAAAUAUGGAAAAGAAAUGCGGGAAAAGUGCAUUUUGUGCAAUGGAACAAUGACAAACACCAAUCCACCUCUCGGAACAGAAGAGACAAUGCACAACAGAUUGUGUUCUAGCGCAUUUUUUGUUUGCUGGCAGAGGCGCUGCGCCCUCCCCCUCCAGCUUUUUUUGGGGUGAACCAUAACGUGGAAAUCUGCUUGUGUUGCACUGGCGCAAGCUUCUCCAGGCUUCUUUAGGCCUACGCCCGCAAGCUGCCGACGACCUCUCAGGAAAUCUGCUAAAACGCGACAAAGGCCAUCGACUUGGGGCAUCCAUCGAUCGAGGGCAUAUUCCCGGCCAAUGCCACGCACAACCAUUGGUCUUUGCGUGAAGACUUGGUGAAGCCCAUGAACACAUUUCUUGACAAACAUGUGGAGGGCUGGCACGAGCAGGCCAACUGGCUAACAGGGGACGGAGUCUCCUUCCGAUGCUUCUGAGCGAGAAGCUCCUCUGAUCAAAAGAAACCUAGCAGCGAUGGCCUCC